CAAUGACACAAUCCUUAUUCCUUGCACCUAUUGCCAGAAAAAAAGUUAAAGAACAUCCUAUAAAACUAGCUUCGAAGUUCAAACAUCUCUUCCUAUGUUAUUUUGUCGUUAACCACUUCGAAUGAACAUCUUUGCUUGAUACCCCUUAAAAACACUCGAACACACACACAAUAACAUGUCCAUGUGCGUGUGAAAAUUUUCAAGAAAAGUUAGCAGUUAAGUUAGUGAUGCCCAAGUGCUUUAACUUGACAGCAUCAGCUGGGGGGUGCUUUAGAUCCGCCUUCAGCUGCUCGGGUCUCCGAUCAACCAUCACCGACCUCGGUGACGGCACCACCAUCCACUGCUGGGUCCCAAAAUCCCCCAAGCCCACCAAACCCAACGUAGUCCUCAUCCACGGCUUCGGAGCCGACGCCGUCUGGCAAUGGUUCGAGGCCGUCAAAAUCCUGACGCCCCAUUUCAACGUCUACGUGCCGGACCUGGUGUUUUUCGGGGAGUCACACACGACCCGGCCGGACCGGUCCGAGGCGUUCCAGGCUCAGUGUGUGAAGCGAGUGAUGGAGGCUAAGUCGGUGGAGAAAAUGAGGCUGGUGGGGAUGAGUUACGGUGGGUUCGUGGCGUACAGUAUGGCGCUGCAGUUUGAAGAUUGUGUGGAGAAGGUGGUGAUAAUAUGCUCCCCGGUGUGUUUGGAGGAGAAGGAUAUUAGAGAUGGGAUGUUUCCGGUGAAUAACGUGGACGACGCCGCCUCCAUUCUGUUGCCGCAGACGCCGGAGGCUUUCAGGAAAUUGCUGCGUUAUACUUUUGUUAAACCACCUAAACCACUGCCUUCUUGCUUGAUUAACGACUUCCUUCAAGAGAUGUGCUUAGACUUUGUGGAGGAGAAGAGAGAUUUGCUCCGCGCUAUCCCCUUAGAUAAGAGACUUGCAGACCUUCCAAAGAUCCCUCAGCCAACUUUGAUCCUAUGGGGAGAUAAAGAUCAGGUUUUUCCAGUAGAACUGGCUCGCAGAUUGAAAGGACACUUGGGAGAGAAUGCUGAGCUGAUAAUCCUUGAAGGAACAGGGCAUGCAUGUGCUUUUGAAAAAUCUAAGCAGUUGGGCAAGCACUUGAAAAAAUUUCUCCUAGGCUGAAACAACCAACGCAGUUUAUGCAUUUUAUUCUUUCCUCUUCAACGUAAAAGAAGCAAAUUUGACGUUCAAACUCAUUUUUUGAGGCUAGAAACGUCAAGUAAAAUGCUCUAAUCUAUUGAAUUCCUACCUCCAUUUUGUUUCCCAGAAUAAAUAACUGACAGCUAUGGUUGAUAGGAUAGCUCUUUCAGCAAUAUCCCAUUCAUGGUUGUCUCUUUAAUCAAGCUACUGCAGAUCUUACAAAUUCCACUUGUGGAGUGGAAGGGAGACGGGGAAGAUGAAUCAUAUUCAUGCAGGACAUUUCUUCCUUUA